AUGGCACCAGCCGCAGAAAUGCCUCAUCCUGCGGAGCGCGAAGAGCUGAAACUGAUAAGCCUGGUAGACCAAAACGACGUCCACAAUCACAGUAACUAUGAAGUGCGAAUUUACACAGACGGUAGUAAGAUAGGAGGAGGAGUCGGAGCCUCACUGUCUAUAUGGCGGGGGGAAACUGAGACAAAAGCCCGAAAACUAACUCUACCUAAGUUCUGCACUGUCUACCAGGCGGAGCUCCUCGCAAUUUGUGUGGCAACAAGAGAAAUAAAAAACAGCAAAGCAAAUACGUUUGGGGUCUACAGCGACUCCAUGGCAGCCCUCCAAACCAUUCAGAACUACAGUUGCCUCCACCCCCUAGCAGUAGAAGCGAGAGAUAAUAUAAGAACAAUAUCUCACCAAGGCAAGAUUAUCGCUUUGCAUUGGAUAAAAGCACAUGCAGGGCUGGAAGGUAACGAAAGGGCAGACGAACUUGCCAAGGGAGCAGCUGCGGACUCCAAACGUAAACGUGACUACGACCAAUGUCCGGUUUCAUUCGUGAAGCGAAACAUCCGUAUGGCCACGCUCGACGAGUGGAAUCGGAGAUACAUUGCAGGCGAAACGGGUUCGAUAACAAAGCUGUUCUUCCCGGAUGCGCUGGCAGCGUACAAAACGGUCCGCAAAAUCGAAUUCACGAGUCCAGUGACACAAUUAAUGACAGGGCAUGGUGGAUUCUCCGAGUACUUACAUAGAUUUAAGUGCAAGGAGGACCCAUCGUGCAUAUGUGAACCCGGCAGACCGGAAAGCAUUCCGCACCUAAUAGCGGAGUGCCCUCAGUUUGGCACACAGAGACACGAAAUAGAAAACAAAAUUGGGAAAGAAAUGAAAGUAGAAAAUAUCAGUGAAAUAAUGAAAGACAAGUAUAUUAGAGACACAUUCCUAGAAUAUUGUGGAAAAAUUAUAAAAAUAGUAAUAGAUAGAAAUAAGUAG